CUAAAGCUUGGUCCAAGAUGGAGAGCGGCUCAGGUUAGAGAGAAGGAAAUAACUACGACACCCCCGGGGUUGCGGUUGAGAACCUCACACGCGAGCGGGGCGGUGGCCGAAGUCGCUGAGGGACUGGCGGGUUCGCGCCGAAGUUCAAUUGGGCGAUGCCAAUUUAAGCGUGUGAGGGGGGUAGGAACUGACACGUGGAAGGUACCACUCGGCGGAGGCCGGGCGAGUGUGGGAACCUCAAGGGAGUCGCCCACAGCCCCACUUCUCAGCUGAUCCGUCUCGGGCCAUGAGCGGUCUAGUGCGCAGCGAGCCGCUGCCCGGGGAGACCCCUCUGCUGGUGCCCGGCGACCCCUACUCUGUGGUGGUGCUGCUGCAAGGCUACGCGGAGCCCGAGGGGGUCGGUGACGCCGUGCGAGCCGACGGCUCCGUGACCCUUGUCCUUCCCCGGGCCUGGGGCCCGGCCUCCAGCCACCGAGAGCCCCAGCCUUACGAGGCGAAGACCGCCCUAGAGGAGGCGGCCCGGGGCCCCAUCCUCGUGGACACCGCGGGCCCCUGGGCUCGCGAGGCGCUCCUGGGGGCCCUGGCGGGGCAGGGCGUGGCUCCCGGAGACGUGACUCUGGUGGUGGGGACCCACGGACACUCCGACCACAUCGGGAACCUGGGGCUGUUUCCCGGGGCGGCCCUGCUGGUCUCGCACGACUUCUGCCUCCCCGGGGGCCGUUACCUCCCCCACGGACUGUGUGAGGAGCGGCCUUUGCGGUUGGGGCCGGGACUCGAGGUGUGGGCCACACCCGGCCACGGUGGCCAGCGGGACGUGAGCGUGCUGGUUGCUGGCACGGCCCUGGGAACCGUCAUGGUAGUGGGCGAUGUGUUUGAACGUGAUGGGGACGAGGGCUCGUGGCAGGCGCUGAGCGAAGACCCAGUGGCUCAGAAGCACAGCCGAAAGCGGGUCCUGGGCACCGCCGAUGUGAUCGUGCCUGGUCACGGAGCCCCCUUUAGGCUGAUAAAGGAAGCCUCGGCGCCAGAGGCAGAGCCAGCCAGAUCUCGUGACGGAGAGGAGCCCACGGUGCACGGAUAAAAUCCAGUCUUGACUGGAUCCUUUUCAGUGAUCCCAUCUUCCACCCCUCAACCAAGGAACUGAACGUCCAAGAGACAAGAUGACAUGUCAGAGUAGUCAUGGGUAGCCUCUUCUAGGAGGCCAGUUCUCCAGUGAGGACAGAGUGCUUUUGCCUCAGCUGGCACCAGUAUCGUUGUUUCUCUGACCAAACUAGGACCAAGGACGCCUCAGCUCUGUGUCAUCUCUAAGCCGUCAUUAGUAAAAUAGGAGAAUGUUCUUGGGAGUCUUCCAAAAUAAAGGUAGAAACUGCAUUGAAAACCAUACUGCCCUUCAAAUAUAUUCCAAUUAAAAGAUUUUUUUAAGGGAAAGAAAA